GGAAGGCCCACUUCCCGCCAAACCUCCAUAAAAACCCUAAUAUUCCUUCCUCCUUAAACCCUUCAUCGUUUCUUAUCCCAUAUCGCAGCCGCCAUCGGAAAUUCUAAGCAACCUGCCACCUCCACCGGAAAGACAGCGACGAUGGACCCAAAAGCUGUAAAAUCUGACCUUGUCCUGAUCCUGGAUUAUGGGUCCCAAUAUACCCAUCUCAUCACCCGCCGAAUUCGUUCCCUCUCAGUCUUCUCUCUCUGCAUCUCCGGCACCUCUCCGCUCUCCACAAUCACCAGCCUUAACCCAAAAGUUGUUAUCCUCUCCGGAGGGCCACACUCCGUCCAUUCUCUGGAUUCCCCUUCAUUUCCUUCUGGCUUUAUCGAAUGGGUCUGCUCCAACGGAGUCUUCGUGCUGGGCAUCUGCUACGGGCUGCAGCUGCUUGUGCAGAGACUUGGGGGUGAAGUUAGAGUUGGGGAGAAGCAGGAAUACGGGAGGAUGGAGAUUGAGGUGGGGAAAAAUUCUGGUAUUUUUGGAGGUAAGAUGGUGGGGGAUAGGCAGAUUGUUUGGAUGAGCCACGGAGAUGAGGCAGCUCAGUUGCCCAAGGGGUUUGAAGUGGUGGCCAGGAGCCAGCAGGGAUCUGUUGCUGCAGUAGAGGAUAGGGAGAGGAGGUUUUAUGGGCUGCAAUAUCACCCGGAGGUGACUCAUUCACCAGAAGGGAUGGAGACCUUGAGAUAUUUCCUGUCUAAUAUUUGUGGAGUUAAUCCUGGUUGGAAGAUGGAAGACAUAUUGGAUGAAGAAAUUAAAGUGAUUAAAGGCACAGUUGGUACGGAUGAUCAUGUCAUCUGUGCAUUAUCAGGGGGUGUGGAUUCCACAGUUGCUGCAACUCUUGUUCACAAGGCAAUUGGAGAUAGGCUUCACUGUGUUUUUGUUGACAAUGGUUUGCUAAGGUAUAAGGAGAGAGAACGUGUAAUGGAAACAUUUGAAAGGGAUCUACAUCUACCUGUUACUUGUGUUGAUGCUAGAGAUCAAUUUCUUAGUAAGCUAAAAGGUGUUGUAGACCCUGAGAUGAAAAGGAAGAUAAUUGGGAAGGAGUUCAUUGCCAUUUUUGAUGCUUUUGCCCAAGAUUUGGGCAAUAAACUAGGAAAGAAACCUGCAUACCUUGUCCAAGGAACUCUGUAUCCAGAUGUGAUUGAAUCCUGUCCACCACCAGGAACUGGAAGAAAUCAUUCUCACACAAUUAAGAGCCACCAUAAUGUUGGAGGGCUUCCCAAAGACAUGAAAUUGAAGCUCAUUGAACCACUUAAACUUCUCUUCAAGGAUGAGGUUCGCAAACUUGGGAAGAUCUUGAAUGUUCCUGAGCCAUUUUUGAAGCGUCAUCCAUUUCCAGGACCUGGACUUGCAGUAAGGGUCUUGGGUGAUGUAACUGAAGGCAAUGCCUUGGAUAUCCUACGGCAGGUUGAUGAGAUUUUCAUCCAGUCAAUCAAGGAUGCUGGUUUAUACGAUUCAAUUUGGCAAGCUUUUGCUGUAUUUUUGCCAGUAAAAUCAGUUGGAGUUCAAGGUGAUCAAAGAACACAUUCUCAUGUUGUUGCUCUUCGAGCUGUCACAAGCCAAGAUGGAAUGACAGCAGAUUGGUACAAUUUUGAACACAAAUUUCUUGAUGAUGUGGCCCGAAAAAUUUGCAAUAGCGUUCGCGGUGUAAAUCGUGUUGUUCAAGACAUAACAUCAAAACCUCCAUCAACAAUUGAGUGGGAGUGAUGCCAUGCUAGAGAUGGUAAAACCCCUGUGGUUCUUUGGAGUGAAGGCAAUGUAUUCAUCAACAAUGUGUUUUCUCUGCUUCAAAUGCAGUGAGGUUGGCAAGAAGGAAAAUGGGUCUAGCAGGGGUUCAUGAACGUGGACCUUAAGGAUUCUGCAGUCAUUUUUAUAUUACCUAUUUCUUACAGAGGUAAUAUUUUUUGUGGGAUGAUAUUGUAAACAUUUUAGUUGAAAGCUUGAUGAUUAUAAUUUAUUAUCCUUAAUCUGACAGUGUUUAUUAUUUACAAUAUGCUCUAGUUUUAGAACCAAUAUGAAGAAAACAUGUGAAUGCAUGUCUAGCAGGCUUGCUAGCUUUUCUGUUUCAGGUUGAAGACUGUAUGAGGAGUGAAUUGUUAUGCUUGCAUAUUUGACAAUAAUACAAUAAUUCAUAUUUA